UCUCGGUUAGUCGCUGCGAUACUCGAUUCUCGCGACGGCCUGUCGAUUCGAGCGUGCCUGAAUAUAUCUCGAUUUAUCGCGACCCAGGCUGUUGUCGUCGCGGUCGCGUUGUGUAGCAGUCGCGCGAACGAAAGAAAAAAAAAUAAGCAUAAGAAACAAAGUGAGAGAAAGUAGCCGAUUUUCGGUUGAAGCUCUCCCCUCUCCUUUCCCGCGUUAUUGCCACCAUUACAAGAAAGUACACAUACACAGAAAGGAUCGCGCGUCGCACGCGUGUUUAUCCGUUAGUCGAUCGCGUGCUUUGAUUCAGUGAAGACACAAGAAAUUCCGUUGUUGUGAUGAGAAAGGACGAGUGUUCGGUUUCGCCGCCCUGGUCGGGCCAAGCUCAGUUCACCUUCAGGAUUUUACAGUGCUAAAGCCGCCAGGAGACAACGUACCACUGAACAGAGUUUCGUUAACCUAAAAAAAGAAUUAUCCUUUCUCCAAGUUUCAUCGUGUAAAUUGUUUAAGCGGGUGAGUUGCACGCUUUUACCGAGGAAAGUUCGUUUCGUUGGUGUGCUGCGAUCAGGAAACCGUUAUCGCGAAAUCGAGGAGACCGGCACACCAUUUGCAUGGUCGGUGUUCGAGGAAAGGUCGACCAGUUUGACGGUGUAAAAUCUUACGUACUAUUGGGAACGAGUUUCCGAGCGGGGGUUCGAGUCGCUAGAUAAAUAUACGGGCAAACGAAGAAACAAACGAUCGAAGGAAACGUACGGAGAAGAAGAAGGUGGUAGAGCUAGUCGGUUGACCGUCAGGGCUGGUUCUGGUUCGCGCGAUUCCUCCGGGUCAACGAUCCUUAGUGUGUUCUUAGAGCUCGCGCCUCGAAGCUGGUUCCCUGGUGAACAUACCUCCCGGUGGACAGGUCGAUACGAUACGAUACGAUACGAUACGAUACGAUACGACGCGACACACAGGUUCUUGGUGUAUACACACAUCGGUGCCGAUAGCACGUUUCACGGGGAGUGAAAAGGCGGUCACUCGGUACGCCGCCGUGGCUGCUUUCACCGGCGAUGGAAUAAUGCCGAUCGCGCCUUAACGGUACGCGGCUCUGUACCUUCCGUGUUUCCCGGGAUGAAAAAAAUGAUCGCGAGUCUUGGGUGGCUACCUUAGAUGUGUACAGUGUUUCGAAGAGAUCGUUCGCGAGUGUCGGUGCUGUUAUCAUAACCUUUAAGUGUAUGAAGAAAUGGGAUCGUUAUACUAAAUUUAAGAUAUUCUAUAGCGUGUCAGAUUAGGAGUGAUUCAAAGGGUAAAGGAUUAAUUAGCAUGGAAAGCAAGAUGUACAUAAGCAACGAGACACAGAAUAACGGUCACACGACCACAAAAUUCGCCUCCACCAAUUCGAUCCCCUCGAUCAUGAUGGAAGAAGAGUCUUCGUUCGCGAAGUUGAUCGGCGCUGUCGGUAAAAGGGACUCGAGCGCUAUCUUGCGUGACAAUAAGGGAAGGAGGCACAGUGUUCUGGAGGAUCUGAAGGCCCGUAAGGACAGCUUGUUCCAGAAGGCACGACGCGGUAGCGUCGCGGAGGAAAAAGAAAACGCGAAACAAAGCCAAAAGGAGAAGAGACGAGCCAGCGAGAGCAGUAGACGAGGCUCGGUGUUUUACGUGUCUCAGGAUCUCCUCGAGGAGAAUCAGGAGGUGCUUGAGAACGAGAGAAUCAAGGCGGAUCUCGAGGGGAAGAAAGGACGUAGAAAAUCCUGGCAUCCUCUCGUCAAACCAGCGAAACUUGAUCGUAAAAGGAGAAAAGGGAUCGCCGGUGUACCGACGCAAGUUGGAAGCACCGAUGGAUUGUACACGCAAGCCAGACAGAAGAGACCCUCAUGGUGGAAUAUAUUCGUACCUGACUCCGUCGCCAGGUCCAGGCGAAUGUCCCAGGAUAUCACGCAUUCGAGAUCUUCUGAGAACCUCACAGCAUCUUACUUCAGGAGCAAGAGCCGUAGCGUGGAUCAUGGAUUCACGACGCCUUUCGAUUUGGAUUCUUUGAGGAACAAGGUCGAAGGACGUUUCGAAUCGGUCGACAAGCUCUCGAAAGAUUCAGACAGCGAGAGCAAGGAUGGCUCGACGACGCAGGAGAAGAAGCACGGACGUGUUUCACAGCCCAUUAGCACGAUCGCGUACAUGGUGGGCGACAGGGACACGCUCACGUCGGUGGCCGCAAGGUUCGACACGACGCCAUCCGAGCUGAGCAAAUUGAACAGGCUCGGAAGUACUUUCAUUUACCCUGGUCAGCAAUUGUGGGUACCAGCGAAAGGAGAAGGUCGACAAGGAGGCGAAACCACUAGCGACGCGCCCAGUCCGGAUCCUUGUCACGAUCAUGAGUCCCAAGAUGACCUACCUCCAGAGGAAAAAGAACUCUUGGAUAACUUGAGGCCGGUGUCACCAAAACCAGGCCAUAUGGAAAGAGUGAAAACACCUCUGGGUGUUCCAAAUGCAGUUCUGGAAGAAGAAGAACAACCGUUUAAGGAAAGAUUUCUGAAGAUUAAUGUUCGUCACAUCACAGAUGGACAGGGUGUCGUUGGGGGUGUCCUACUGGUUACACCAAAUGCAGUUAUGUUUGAUCCCAAUGUCUCGGAUCCGCUUGUAAUUGAACAUGGAGCAGAAUCUUACGGUGUAAUUGCACCAAUGGAAUUUGUAGUGAACGCUGCUAUUUAUUAUGAUAUUGCGCAUAUGCGUGUCGGACACGCGGAGUCAGGAAAUUUAGAAAAGAAGCCAGAAAUUUAUUACAUGAAGAAACCCUCUUCUAACGAGAACAUCAAGUGUCAGUCGCCGGGUAAAGAGGAAAAUUUUCCAGAAUUAACGGCAGACGAUAACGAAAGUGUGUGCAGCUGUGCCGAGAGAGAUGGUAACGCUUUUCCAAAGGCCUUUGAGAGAGAUCUUGUUACUCCCACCAAUCUUCAAAAUGAAGAAGAUACAACGACAACCAAAGAAAAGGAGACAGAGAAGGAGACUAAAGACGCGUGCGGUGGUGGUCAAGCAAGUAGAACAUUAGAGGAACGUAGACGUUCUAUGCUCGAUCACCACUGGGCAGUUCCUAGCAAGGAUCGAUGCACCUCAUCGGUCGAUGAUGAACAACAAGACUCUUUAAAUUCUGACAAGAUCGACUCAACAAAAUCGAAGACGAUUCCAGAAGACGAAGAAGGAUCUCUAGUCAAACUGUCAUGCCACGACUCUGGUAUCGACAUUCGUGACCCUAAUCCCCCUUUCCCAGUAGUUCAGCCUAACCCCUCAAAGAAAGUAUAUUCAGACGCAGAUAUUGUCUUAUCUUCAGAUUGGGUACCUCCUAUUACUAUUGCCCCGACGAACCUUACGACUGAUACGGUUGAUAGCGGUUCCGCUAUUAACGGCAGAAAGAAGGCGAGUUCGGUAUCUUUUAGUUUAGACAAUACGGAGGAACCCGAGAAAGAUGAGGAACAUAAAGAUGACGACAAACAAGAGACUCGUAGAAAUAAGAUGUUAAAACGAUUAUCAUAUCCAUUAUCAUGGAUGGAAGGAUUAACUGGAGAAAAAGAAGAAGAUAGUAAAUCUGGAUCUGAUAAAAUUUCAAGCCUCCCUAAUAGCGCGGAUUCUCAUCAUUCGUCUGUCUUCAGUAAAGUUUUCUCAAGCUCGCCGAUCAACCUGGUGAGUGACUUUAGCUCGGGCCUGUUUGCUAAAACUCCCAGCGAAGAGAGCAGUGGGGGCGGUAGGGCUGGAGGGACACCUCCGCUUACCGCCUCCUCACUCUCCCAGGACACCAGCAAUCCUCAGGUUUCACCUGGUCCAGCAGGGCUUAUGGGACGAUCAUCGGUAGGCACGUUCAUUAGGCAGCAACCGUUGACCUCUUCAGGCAGCAGCAGCGUGGACAGCAGCCGAGGUAGCAAAACUUCAACCACCGCACCACGGUUGGAUUAUCGCAGCAUGGUGUCCGUUGAUGACAUGCCCGAAUUAUUCGUCAGUUUCGACAAGCUUAUCCCACGACCAGCCCGUUCUUGCGAGGACCCCCCAUUGUACCUGAGACUGCGAACCGGAAGACCGAAAGACAAGAAGAUUCCACGCUCGACGCCUAUUAUGAGCUAUGGAAAAAAGAAACUGAGGCCUGAAUACUGGUUCAGCGUGCCGCGAAACAGGGUGGACGACCUGUACAGGUUCAUCCAUGCGUGGGUGCCGCAAUUAUACGGAGAGUUGGACGAGAAUUAUUGGAGGGAACGCGGAUACAUCCUGUUGGACACGGAUACGGAUUUGUCCCCGGAAUUGUCGCCGCACGAAGCUGGCGAAGGAGGAGAAACCACGGAGGAUGGUAAACCUCGUAAUCAGGACGGCGACGAGAUCUCUGAGCUCACUAGGGAAUCAUGGGAGCUGAUCAAGGCCCCCUACGUAAAGCUGUACAGCAUCCUGAAGACGUCGAGCACAUCGGCGGAUUCCGAGCAGAUCCAGGAUCCGGAGGUACUGUCUAUGAGCGAGGAGCUCAGGAGAGCUCUCUACGCCAACAGUGCCGUCUCCUUAGACAACGAAAUCAUCGUACCGGAUCUGGUGGGCACCACAGAGAUACUCAGCGAUGAGCACAGAGAACAGCUUUGUCGGCAUUUACCCGCCAGGGCGGAGGGUUACCUAUGGACUCUUGUCUUUAGCACUAGCCAACACGGUUUCAGCCUAAACAGCAUGUAUAGGAAGAUGGCUAAAAUCGAGAGUCCUAUCUUAUUGGUGAUCGAAGACACCGAAGGAAACGUAUUCGGCGCGUUGACCUCGUGUGCAUUGCACGUGAGCGACCAUUUCUAUGGCACAGGCGAGUCACUUCUCUUCAGGUUUACGCCUAGGUUCCAGGCUUUCAACUGGACCGGAGAUAAUUUAUACUUCAUCAAGGGCAACAACGAGAGUCUUGCCAUCGGUGCUGGAGAUGGCAAGUUUGGACUGUGGCUAGACGGCGACCUGUACCAGGGCAGGACACAAUCCUGCAGCACGUACGGGAACGAGCCUCUGGCGCCCCGGGAAGACUUCGUGGUGAAGACGUUGGAAUGCUGGGCAUUCAUAUAGGACACGGCCUCAUAUUCGUUGUCCACGACUUUGCACUCGCCGCAGCCUAAUUUGACCUGAAUUCCAAAACAGUCUCGUGCGCGGACGUAUUUUUAUCGUCCCCAGGAGAGAUCACACAGGAAGAAGGCUACCACCCGUUUCUAAGAGACAUUUUACCCGAGGAGAUUAAAAAUGAUUAACGGGAUUAUUUCUCACCGGUUACACCUCUUGAUAAAUCAGAGACCCGACCUGUAUUCUUAGAAGACACUGGAUUGUCGAUUGUGUACAAAGAUGGAGAAAGAAGAAGAAAGAAAGAAAGAAAGACAAGAAGAAUAUAGAUUGCAAAAAUAGAAGAAAAAAGUCAAGAUGAAGUUUGAAGAAGCCAUGGACUUAAAAUUAAACUGAUCGACACGUUGUUUGAUCGUCCUAUUUGUUUUUUCUCUUUUUUUUUUAAGUUGCCGUAUUUAUUUUAUUUUUUUAUAUGUAUACAUACACAAACGCGCGCAUAUAUAUAUAUAUAUAUACACACACACACACACACGGAUGUGUUUCGUUGAGUGAAUUGUUGCUCGUUUUUAUGAGUUGAAGAUAAAAGUCGAAGGAUUGACCACGAUUGGCGAGGAAUUUGUUUAUACGCGAAGAAUGAUGUGGCGUUGCCUUCGAACUAGUCGCGAGUAUAAUAACAAUAAUAAAUAAUACUAUUGAUAACGAUGAUAAUAAAUGGUACGUGACGAAGAUUAUACGAUCAUCGGAUACGACCGAUGAUCGCGAAUAAGAGAGAGAGUAUGAGCAAAGAGUGUGUGAAUGAUGAUGAUCGUAACAUUGUCUCUCCUUGAAUGGAGGGAAUCGAUGACGCGAAUAAAGAAAAAUGACUAAAGAACCAUGAAUCGAAUGAUAACGAUGAUGAUGAUAAUAUUGAUAAAAAAAAAAAACAAAAUGAAAAACCACGAUACAAAACACGACACUACAAGAAUGCUAAACUAACCGUGUUUGUUGAUGUGUAGAUAAUGUAGAUAGAUGAAUGUAAAUAUAUAUAUUACGAAAUCGUGUUAACGGUAAAAAGAAUAAUUUUAAUGAAACUGGAAAACCGGUAUAACUACGCUAAAAAGAAAAAAAAUAAAAGAACAAAAAAAAGAAGAAAUAAUAAUACAAUGAAACUACUCAUCGUUGCAGAAGACACUGUUUGUGUAGCUCGUCUCCACGCAUAUCUUGAAAACGAACACACGCUGGCUACCAUUGUAAUACACACACAAUUCUGUACACACACGAUUUAACAGCAGUGUAUGCGUUACGAUACGAAUGUAAAAAGGAAUAACAAUUCUAGGAUCUGAGAACAUAAGUAGCUUUAAAGAAGGAGAGUUCAUAUUCGAGGCUAACACACACUUGAUGGAAGACUAUACAAGAUUGAAAAAACACCGAAACUAAGACACACACGAGAAUUGAAUAAAGCGACAUGUUUAUAUAAAUUAUUUUAUUUUAUUUUUUUUUUUUGUUUGUGAAACGUGCUUCUAUGGUGUCUCAAUUGACCACAACGAACACACGCCUGUGCCUCGCUUCGCUCUCUUUCUCCCCUUUAUCGUAGGGUACACUUGGGUGCAACGUAGGCUUUCUUCGAAGUAGAGGGAGGAACCAUUUGCUGAAAUUUUGGGAGAACCUAGGAGAAACUUAUCCUAGGCUAACGAAGGCGUUAAUUAGGUCCUUAAUUUUCUAAAUUCUAUACUGUCCUUUUCUAAUGUCUGAAACUUUCUUUUUCUUAUUCAAAAAUUCAUGCGUCUAGCUUGAGUAAAAACAUCACUGGAUAUAUUUGUAGUUCUAGGGAAGCCUAGGUUGCAUAUAACUAUACACGCCAUAGUAUUUCCAUGGGUAUCAUCGUAACGGUCCUGCUGCGUACGAUCAGAACCUGAGGGAUGUGUUACCACUACGCUUUGCCAUUCUAUGCGAGCUUUACGCGUACUCAGACAAUAAAAAAAAAAUAAGAAAGAUUGCCACCUUUUUUUGUUAUACAAACAUACGUUUAGACUCGGCUCUGAUUCUUUUCCGUCAGUCUGAGCUUUUUAUAGUCUUCUAUGAAUUGUUUAGAACCGAUGGAAUAUUUCUUCUAAAGAAGCCAUCGUUUUUAUCGCUUUGUUAAAACUAAAAUGUUUGUUUAUUUCUUUCCUUUAAACGUUAAAGAUCGUAUGGAGAGGAUUUAACAAUUAGGAACCUCGUGUUUUGAUAGAGGAUUUUAUAAAUUAGGAGCGAGAAUAAAUUCGAAUGAACUUCUUCGUGGCGAUUCGAUCAACCCUUUCGUUAAGGAGUCCCUGUUGGAAAAAUUUUUGAAAAUUCUGUUCGAAAAAAUUUUAAUUAUUGAAUAACCAUUGAUGGUUUCAAGGCGAGCGACUAUAAUUUGUCAUAAUCGUAGACCUAUGUAGACGGAAAAUAAGUUGCCACUUUAGGCCCGGAAACUCCUAAAAUUGAAGGGGAAACGAUGGAAGUUCAGUCGUGAUAAAUCGAUUACACUUCAGGUGCACUCGUUGGAUAAAUAUAGUUAUGGAGUUAGUCAAUUGA